CACUGCGCCUUUUUAUUUGGGGGUCUGAGCCCUGCAACUUAAUUCCCACUCAGUUGAGACAGUUGUGUGGAUUUGACGACUCCAGUCGAAGAAACUCGAAUUGAUCUUCUUGACUACAUGUGGACCCUUUACAAAACUUCACAUAAUUAACAUUGUCUUAAGGUCAGAUGUUAUAAUUCCCUCACUCAUUUGUGGAGAAGCUCCGAAAUAAUUUCCUGACUCGCUCUUGGCAACAUCCCCAUGCAUCAUGCGUGCAAUAAAAGUAAUUUGAGCUGAAUGCUAAUGUUAAGCAAAGAUGUUUUCUGAAGAGGCUAAUUUAAGUCAUGCUUCCAAUGGGUCCGAUGAGGACUUGCUGUCUGCGCUGGAUCAAGACUGGAGCGACACUCCGGCAGAGAGACUAUCACGGACGGGGCAUAAUGUGGUCGCCGUUAUUUUGGGAUCUAUAAUGAUAUUCGGCAUGCUCAACAAUUUCAUCGUCCUCGUUCUUUUUUGUAAAUUCAAGACUCUGCGGACUCCUGCGAACAUGCUCCUGCUCAAUAUCAGUGUGAGUGACAUGCUCGUGUGUCUGUUCGGCACCACGCUCAGCUUCGCGGCCAGUAUCCGCGGCCGGUGGCUGGUAGGAAGACACGGGUGCAUGUGGUAUGGGUUCGUCAACUCCUGCUUUGGGAUUGUAUCAUUGAUCUCUCUGGCAAUCCUUUCAUAUGAUCGUUAUAGCACUUUAACGGUUUACAACAAGAGGGUCCCAGACUACAGUAAGCUCUUGUUGGCUGUUGGGAGCUCCUGGCUCUACUCCCUGUUCUGGACAGUUCCCCCCCUGCUGGGUUGGAGUAGCUAUGGACUGGAAGGGGCUGGCACCAGCUGCUCGGUCACAUGGACAGCCAACACCCCACAAUCUCAUUCCUAUAUAAUCUGUCUGUUCAUUUUCUGUUUGGGAAUUCCCGUUCUGGUCAUGGUUUACUGUUACAGCCGGCUCCUUUGUGCUGUCAAACAGGUGGGGCACAUCAGGAAGACAGCAGCCCGGAGAAGAGAGUAUCACAUUUUAUUUAUGGUCAUCACCACAGUGGUGUGCUACUUAUUGUGCUGGAUGCCUUAUGGGGUAGUUGCAAUGAUGGCCACAUUUGGACGUCCGGGCAUCAUCACACCCAUUGCGAGCGUGGUGCCAUCCCUCCUAGCCAAAAGCAGCACAGUCAUCAACCCUCUUAUCUACAUCCUUAUGAACAAACAGUUUUACAGGUGUUUCCUCAUCCUGUUUCAUUGCGAACACAGCUCCCUAGAGAAUGGACACUCGUCCAUGCCCUCAAGAACUGCUAUCAUCCAGCUCAACCUUAGGGUUUAUAGCAAGACUGUGGCUGGCAACACACCCCCUUCAAUUGAUCUCAACCAACAAGAAAGCAACACCCCUGUAUCGGACUGAACCAAUCCACCCAAGAUCACAUCUUGAUUUUCCAACUCCAAAUUAUUUGAGUAAUUUCCAGAAUGAUGACAGAAGUAUUCCAUGAAGUGUUGUCGAGUGCUUACCCAUCAAAAGCAGAAAUGCUGAACUGUUGCAUCGAUCCCCAAAGUGAUCUCUGCAGUCGUCUCCAUUCUGUUAAAGUCCUGUGAUGGCAAACUGUCUGACUGUGACACACAUGUUGCCCAUUUCAGUCAGUAUUUGUAUGUGUGUAAGCUUACAAUGGUUCCUUGGCUGGUACAACCUUGUCAAUAUAAAUGUUACAAACAGCAAGCCUUUGCAAAUUGCAAAUAGCCAUUGGUGACUUGUGAAAAUGGGUAUGUUUGGGUCAUGUGCAACUGCAUUACUUGUGAACAUGCAUGCCUCCAUAUUGUCUGUUUUCGCAAACCAUUUAAAGGUGGACUCAGUCAUUUUUAUUUAUGUUGCACAGGCCGAUAUGGCAGUUAUUUUGGACUUAUCCUGACACCUAGUGGC